GUCGCCAUAGCAGCACGGACGUGGCGGAGACACAGGUUACACCAGUGCGCGUGCGGCACGCCAGCCCCUCCGCCAAUCGCAGCGCGCCACGUCUCAGGUGUCUCCGGAAGAGGCGGGGCUGGCACCGGAAGUGACGCAGCACUGCCAGCGCUCUGCACGGAGACCAUGGCGUCCGGAGCCGCUGACGGGAAAUGGAAGGUGGUCGGGAAGAACAAGAAGAGCGGGGACCGGAGGAAGGCGCUCGGGGAGAGCAACGUGGUGCCGGCCGCGGCCACCUUCACUGCCGGAGUGCCCAUACAGUCAACGGUCUUCCAGCUGGGCUUUGAGAAGAUCAUGAAGAAGCAGAACAAGGAGCAGGUGCCCCCGAGCGGCAACUCUGAGACCCAGCAGAACAAGAAGCCACAGACCAGUGCUGGGAAGAGCUCCAAGAGGGUGUCUGGCGGAGGGAGUGCUGCGCCCGUGCCGGGGAGGGUCCCCUCGCUGGAGGAGGCUCUCCGGACUCUGGACGUCAAGGCCCUUCAGAAAGAGCUGGAGAAGAGCCAGAACAUGUUCCCCGAGAACCCACAGAUCUGGGUGAAGGACCUGGCAGGAUACCUCAACUACAAGCUGCAGACACCCAGGGGCGACCCUGUGCCCGCCCAGCAGUCUCACGAUUACCCCUACUGUCUGGUGAACAAGGAGCUGAAGGCAGCCAUCCGCUCUCUGCUGUCCAAGGUGCCCGGCGUGCUGGAGAUGUUUGUGGAUCACUGUAUACUGUUAAUGCAGCAAGAGCUGGACAAGCCUGCAGAGUCUGCGGAAUCUGUGCACGGUUACCGCAUCUGCAUUCAGGCCGUGCUUCUAGACAAACCCAAAACUGUGACCGUUAAUUUGAAGAAGUACCUGGAUAUGCUGCGGGCUCAGCAGGGCAGACCAGCCAAGUGUCUCGCCAUCAUGUGGGCUGUAGGACAGGCGGGGUAUGCGGAUCUAGCGGAGGGACUGAAAGUGUGGCUCGGACUCAUGCUUCCAGUGCUGGGGAUAAAGUCUCUCUCGCCUUACGCCAUAUCGUACCUGGAGCGUCUGUUACUGAUGCACUCUAAUCUGACCAAAGGGUUCGGCAUGAUUGGCCCUAAAGACUUCUUCCCCCUCCUGGACUUUGCAUUUAUGCCAAAUAACUCCCUGUCUGCCAGUCAGCAGGCACAGCUGCGAGACCUGUAUCCCAGGCUGAAGGUUCUGGCAUUUGGGGCGACCCCUGAGAGUACUUUGCACACGUACUUCCCAUCCUUCCUAUCCAGAGCCACGCCCAGCUGUCCUGCAGCCAUGAGGAAAGAGCUUCUCCACAGCCUGUACGAGUGCUUGCACCUGGAUCCGCUCAGCUUCAGCGUAUGGCGCCAGCUUUACGCCAAGCAUUUCUCGCAGUCCAGUUUGCUCCUACAGCAUCUCGUUAAAUCCUGGAACACCACUUCCAAAUCGAUGAGGAAAUCUGUACAGGAAACUGUGAAGUCCUUCUGCGUGACAAAUGAACAAUUCUCCUCCAAGACGCCUAAUUCCAAGGAUAUUGAGCUCUGCGAGUCUGCGUGCCAGACUCUGUUGCAGAAGAUGAAAGGUCGGCGAUUUCCCUUCUUCCGGCUUUUCCUCGUCGCUCUCGUUUUCGUAUCCGGUUUUAUCAUCCACGACGUCAGAACACACGGAAGUUUCCAAGCGUCUUCAUCUGCACAGAUACUGCAACAAACAGGUCUGCUGUACGUGUCGCAGGAGGCGUGGAGCAAAGUGUCAUAUUGUGCGGAACAUGGACACAGCUGGCUGGAGAGGAAUGUUCCGGUAUAUUACUCACAGAUGGCGGAUGUUCUGGGACCAGGCCUGCAGCUUUUGUGGGAGAAAACCCGGGAGGGCCUGGUGUACGUGACACAGAAAUGCUCCACACAGACCGCUUACCUGAAGGAAAACCUGCCCUGGUUUAUUGAAUGGCUUCAGUCUCGGAUUCCUGACUCCGUCUUUCACCUGAUUGAGUACCUGCGGGAGCUUCUUCUACAUCUGUAUCGUAGCUACCUUGUGCCUGCAGUGGAGUAUUGCGAGGCCGCCGUACAGAGAGCGUGGCAGCAAUACGUGGACUCUUGCAAUGGUGAGGUGACGUGGGACUGCACCAAGGGACACUUGACCAGUGUUACCCAAUCUUCCUGGGCCUACUUACAGAACACUACGUUGGCCAUUAAAAACUGGGCUGUUGCUAUGAUCUCAAGUCACUAGAGACCUGUGGUGGGACGUAAGCUGGACUAGGAACUGCUGCCUACAAAAACGUCAUUUCUCUGUUAUCCCAAACACGUCUGGGUGAAAAUGCGCCUGUACUGGGACCAGUUCCAUUACCGCUGUGUGAAUGUCAUGGGGUCAGACGGACAAAGCAUUUUGUGUGUUUCUUUGUGGUGGAGCCAUUUCCAGGGUCUACACCGUUUGCAGCUUCCCUUCCGUGAGUCUGUUGGCGAUCAUGUGUACUUUAUAUAAGUUCUUGUGGGCCUUUGGACAAUCGAUCAUGAAGUAUAUACAUGUAUGAUCGCUAGGGCUUUUUUUUUGUCUUGUGUUUUUUUUUUUGUGUGGUGAAUGACGACAUUGGAGAACGUGUCUCCCAUUUUCCUGUGGACUUGAUCUUAUUGGUUUUUAUGGUGAAAUGCCUCCCGGUCUCUCCUGGAGUGUCAGCUUGUCCUCUGUCUAAUGAUCAACUUUGUUCAUAAGUGUCGCUGGUCUUGCCGCAUCCGUCAUGUUCCUCCCAUACAAUAUCUCUUUGCACAGACAUAGACUGAGCCUUGUUUUUAGCCAAAUAAAGACCUUUGUUUUUGUUUCCAGGUUUCCUGCUGAAGACCUAAACACUAGGAUGUUUCUUAUAAGCCCGUUUUCCCAUCUCCUAAAUUUCCACUAGUACAGUCAUGUAUGUAAUGAUACGGCACGUACAUCAGUCAGUUAUUUUAAUAAACUCAUCAGUAUUCACACACCAAAGAA